CAUGUCGCUAUAACUUGCAUCCCAACUACUUCCUGGGCUUUCAGGAGGAAUAUUUGCCGAUGUCUGGCAGAACAGCUGUGGACCAAUCGGAGGGUUUCGGGUCCUCCUCUGCUGCAGCUGUCAUCAACAACAUCGGAUGCUCUCCACUCCAGUGACCUGGAUGUGAUAUCACCAUCAGGCCGAAUCUUCUGUAUUGUUGACAGCUCAACAAUAUGACAUAAACCGAAGAUGACUGUCAACGAGGAGACUGUCUGGGUUAGAAACGAGGCAUAUGUCAGUUUUUAAAAAAAUAAAUAAAAGCCAACUAUGUCCUGCACAAUAGACAGCUUUGACCGGGCACAUUGUCGGCUGUAGCUGGUUGUAGUGGAGGCGGAUCCCAGUGGUUCCUUCGACAUCUUUGUGAGGAUCCAGCGGACACAGCGAUGGCCCUAGAGGCGUUCCCUCUCCAUCUCCUGGUCUGGAACAACCAGUAUCUGGAACUGGACCGAGAACUUCAGAAAAAUGAGAAGGAUGUGGAGCGCUUGGAUCCUCGAGGGCGCACCCCGCUGGAGCUGGCAGUGUGUCUGGGCCACCUCGAGUCAGCCCGGGUCCUGCUGAGGUACACUGCCGACCCCACACACUGCAACGCACAAAGCUGGACCAUUCUGCAGGAGGCUGUGAGCACCGGCGACCCAGAGCUGGUUCAGUUGGUUCUUCAGUACAGAGACUUCAAACGGGCCACAGAGAGACUGGCCGGCAUCCCGGAGCUGCUCAGCAAACUGAGACAGGCCCGGGACUUCUAUGUGGAGAUGAAGUGGGAGUUCACCAGUUGGGUGCCUCUGGUGUCCAAGGUGUGUCCCAGCGACGUGUACCGCGUGUGGAAGAGCGGCUCGUGUCUGCGCGUUGACACCACCCUGCUGGGCUUCGAGCACAUGACAUGGCUCAAAGGCCGCAGAAGCUACAUCUUCAAGGGCGGAGAUGACGGGGCGGUGGUGAUGGAGGUGGACCACGAGAAGCAGGUGGUGUACACGGAGCCGCUGGUGCUGUCCCCGCGAGACGCGCCCUCCCUGCUAGCCGCCAUGCAGCCGUCGCAGGAGAACACGGCGCAGAGGCUGACCGCCCCUAUCGUCUCCACGCACCUCAACACCCGCAACGUGGCUUUCGAGAGGAACAAGUCGGGGAUCUGGGGCUGGCGCUCAGAGAAGAGCGAGGUGGUCAGCGGCUACGAGGCCAAGGUGUACAGUGCCACCAACGUGGAGCUGGUGACACGCUCGCGGACGGAGCACCUGUCUGACCAGGACAAGUCCAAGAGUAAAGGGUCCAAGACCCCCCUGCAGUCCUUCCUGGGGAUCGCUGAACAGCACACAGCGCACAACGGGGGUAACGUGUCGCAGUGUGCCAGCCCCCACAACCCUACGGCCAUCUCGGCGGAGGAGUACUUCGACUCAGAGUUCGCCCUGAACGGCCGCGACAUCGGCCGCCCCGUGGAGCUCACCAGCAAAGUCCAGAGGUUCAAGGCCACCCUGUGGCUGAGCGAGGCCCACCCCCUGUCGCUGGCCGAGCAGGUGACGCCCAUCAUCGACCUCAUGGCCAUCUCCAAUGCCCACUUCGCCAAGCUGAGGGACUUCAUCACCCUGAGGCUACCCCCCGGCUUCCCCGUCAAGAUUGAGAUCCCGCUGUUCCAUGUGCUCAACGCCCGGGUGACAUUCAGUAACCUCUGCGGCUGCGACGAGCCGGUCCACAACAUCACGGUGACCCCCCCCGAGGAGGGGGCAGCCGAGGCCGGGGAGCCCGACGGGGGGGUCAGCUGUGAGGUGGACCCGUCGGUGUUCGAGCCCCCGGCCGACUACGCCACACUGGGCCCCGGCCGCAGCGAGCCCAUGCGCGACGACGACGACAACCUGCUGCAGUUCGCCAUUCAGCAGAGCCUCCUGGACGCCGGCACGGAGAGCGACCAGGUGACCAUCUGGGAGGCCUUGACCAACACCCGCCCGGUGCCCCCAUCUCCCCUUUAUGAGGAUGACUGUCAGCUGGAGAGGGCGAUCCAGGAGUCCCUCUCCAUCGCACUGCCGGGGGCGGAGCCGGGUGGGGCGGCCGACGACCGUAGCCUGUCCUCCUCCUCGGCCUCGCCCGCCGACCUGGCCGCUGUGGCCCCGCCCUCCUACAGCACGUUGGCCCCGCCCUGUCAGGCCACGCCCCAGCCGCCCCCCGCCGGGCUACCCCUCCACAGCUUCGAGGAGCAGCUGAAGAUCGCCAUGGAGCUGUCAUGCCGCGAGCAGGUGGAGAUCGACAGGAGGUUCAAGGAGGAGGACGAGGAGUUGGAGCGGAUCCUUCAGCUCUCGCUCACGGAGAAGUGACCCGGCUCAGUUAGUCCCGAAGAUUUUGGAGGCCCUGUUUUAGUUUUUUAUUCGGAUACGUUAAUAUAUUAUGAUUCAUUCCAUAAUUGAUCUUGCAUAAAGGCUGCUAGUAGCUAGUGUUUGUGUCCAGAACAAGCCGUGAUGACGGGUAUGUGAGUGAGCGGAGGAGUAUAAAACACUAGUGUUGACGGUGGAUAAGGGAAGGAAAGUUUGACUUUAGAUUUCUUGUCUUUCUUUUCAUAUUUUGCACAACAAUCCAGCUUUUCUUAUUGAGUGGUAAACAAUCCCUUAAACAUAUUAUAUAUGAACUAUCAAUGGUAAUGAUACAAACUGAAAACAAAGUUAUGAUGUAAUAACUGAUUUAAGAAUAUAAUAUAAAAAUACAUAUGUUUGCUGCUUUCUCUGUGAAAGAAAUAUUAAAUAAUUAUGAUGCCAAAUUCCUCUGUCUUUAUAUUGGUUUAAACAUAAAAUUGUUCUUAAACGGGUCAUCAUUUCUUCAUUGUUCUAGUAAACAUUAAAUUGGCAGAAAUGUAAAUAAAUGUGAUUUUUUUUUGAUGGAUUGUUAAAGAACCAAAUAGCCCUUGCUUUUACGCACAUCAAGGCCUUAUCGUUGGGUCAUUCCGCGGACCAGUGUUCCGUGACGGUACUGCAUGUGGUCCGUGGAAAAGCACAAUAAAAUAUAAAGUACUUCCUUUUAACAAGCCUGUUGUACUGAUGCUAUGACCAGUUGUUUUUAGUGAAACUAGGCCUAUUAAGAGGGGCGGG